CGUGUAGUGCUGAGUAGGAGCACAGAACCAGCGCUUGUAGAGGUUGAUCCGGGUGUUUGUGUCCCGCACAAUCCCGGCCUGAUAUCGACCCAACGAGCUGUGACCACACAAAGCCAGCGAGUUCGUGGCAGUGGAUACCAGAGCAAUUCUACACCCAGCGUCCGGGCUCAUGUCGAAUCUUUGCUGCAGCGAAUCCGUACUCAAGCAUCUAGGCCGAUCUCAACUGCAGCUACUACUCCUCUGUCGUACAGGUACAACGAAAGCACGUUGUUGCACCCACAGACAUUGAAACAGUUGGCUACUAUCCCCACAGUUCGUGGUAAACUUCCCCUUCCUCCCCUUAAUUUACGGCGUCCGGGAGAAGAGGUCGGAUCGAAUAUUCCAUUGUUGUCUGCUUCCCGGACUUUCCAGCCCAUGAGAUCAAUAGUUCUCGGGACAACAUAUUCAAGUAUGGAAAUCCCAGGUUCCCGGUUCGAUCGUGAGUCGUCACCGACUGAGGAAUCACGAAUAGCAGCCAAGCAGAGUGCAGCUGUGGCCCAUUGCCAGAAGAUGGCGAACGCUCUCAUUGAUACAUUUCAUUCAGGUCUGGACGUGAUGUUGAGCCUACACGGGGAAGCUUUGUUUGGACCACGGCAAUUUGAUCCACUACCCAAAUCUUCGCCUUCACCGGACAGUAAUGAUCCCAGUAAAUUGGGUUGUGCCGUGCUGCCCAAUCAGUCUGAACAGCCAAAAUGUGUUCCAUGGACCCCAGCACUCGCAUUUUUCUCAAACACUUCUGUGCUAACAAUUAGCCGUUUCGUGUCACGAUGUAAGGCUCGUGGGGAGGCAACUAGUGCAGAUUUACUGACACUACCCACCUCAGUUACACUGCAGCGUCAAGCGGCAUUAGAUGACAUGGACGUUCGACGGGCACGUUCGUUCCUCGAUCGAAGUCGUGUCUAUCUAGAUGAACAGAAUUACGGUCGAUUAGUGCUACUGUUACGCAACUUAAACCAGGUUUUCUAUCAGCCUAACACGCAUUGUGUUGAUGUGCCUUCAUUAUCUCCGGCUGAACGAAGACAGACUGUACUGAACGGACUGGGAAGUGUGCUCGAUGUGCUGCGGGGACAUCGACCACUGUGGGAAGAUUUCGUCUGUUUACUUACACCUCUUCAAGCGAGAACUAUGGGACUAUUACCGACGUAUUUGAAUUUGUUACGUGUGAGGCGUGCUCAACGUGUGAUACACGAUUUGAUUCCCCGUGGAAAGCGAUUUUGGCGCCGCAUACGCAAUCUGGCAGACAGUUGUAGUUCAGAGGAACAAAACAUCCCAGUUAAUCAAACUUUGAAAAAUGUACANGAGCUGGAUGAUUUGACCAUGUUUACUUCACAACGAAAGGGAACGCCCGGGACUGGCACACCAGCAUCGUCGGAUGACACAGCUCGUCAGUCGCAUCCAAAUCGACAAACUCGAACCCGCUCGAAGGGAGCUCGAGUGCGGUCACCAAUUACAAAAACAUGGUCAUUUCUGGAGAGCACUUGGCGCAAUCGACCGGUUCUCUUAACACAGCAAGCAUGUCUUCUGAAUGUGGACCAUAAGCCUUAUUCCGGAUUUGAACAGGAUUUUGAAGAGAUUGAUACGUUGGCGCGGAAUCCCCUGAAUGACGAAUCUAAUUUGUCUGCAUUAGAUGAAGGCUGGGAGGUGUGCACAAAACUGUCUGCCGCCGCGGCUCGUCGACGACGAUCGGGCGGAGGUGCCGGUGUCAGUCUAUCCGGCUCAUCACAUUCACGUCAUUGUCCAUGCCCUUGUCAUCCAUUGGCCUCAUCUACGGCUACCAAUCAAACUGGAAAGCCCGUCAAAGCAGACAGUCUAGGCUUGCGUCAUUGUAUCUCGUGCAGUCUGCGGGUGCAUCGAGGUAUUGUCUAUGUGGACGAAUGCAACUUCCACCUUCGUCACGUUGAAAUCACUUGGCCACCGGACUUUCAGCCUAAAACACGCUUGAUGCGUGCUAGUGAGUCGAGCAGGGAUCACACAGAACUUCCACGUUCUUCCACCGUUAAUACAACAUCAUCUACCACAGUAACCGGAAGCAGUUUGUCCACUCGGGCAAUGAUUGCACACUUGGCUGAAUUACACUCGAAAUCUGAAUACUCGGAUGAAGGGACAAACGUCCCGCAUUUAGAUUUCGCCAGACGACGAGUUUCAAUUGAGUUCCUACUUCCAUCUGCUCCUACCAGUUGUCUCUCAGUCACAAAUAAAGGUGGUGUGAUGUCAAAAGUGGGAACUAAUUUUCCUCCGUUCAGUCAAUGUGAUGUUCUCCGUCCGGACAAGAGUGAAGAUAAGGUUAUCAUCGACGACGACGACGACGACGAGGUCUCUAUCAUCUCCCCUCCACCGGAUCCUGCCUCUCCCACAGAUGGAGCCGCGUCACUCGGGGCUGGUUCUGACGUUGGCCAUUUUCGCUCAAUGCCAUCCCCGUCCACAUGGAUGGUAGACGAUGAUGAUGCGGCCUGUUUCAACACUGAAGCAUUUUCUACGAAGACUUCUCAGUCCUUCACCCCGACUGAAUCGGAUAAACUGAAUACCGAAAGCACACCUUCCACGGCCGUAGACACAGUACCAUGGGAUGUGGAAGAAGACCGUCAAUUACUUGAAUUCAGUAAAGCCCGUGGCCGCUACAGUUCAUCCAUGUUUUGUGAUUUAGCCGAAUGCUGGAUCCCAAAACCAUGUCCGGAUGGGCCUCGUCGCACAUCUGCCGAACUGGAAAGACGAUUUAAACAGCUGAUGAGACUUAUGCUUGGCGAUGCUUACGAUUCAGAUUUGUUCGAUAGCCCAGAGCAAAUUAGCUCCGAGGACGAUGUAGCCUGA